UCUUACUUCUCCUUCUCCAACUCCUAGGUAGAAUUUGUUUUUAUCUCCAAAUUAUAAUAACUUGAUUGCUAAAGAAACUGUAUAUUGCAUCAUGCCUCCAAUCCGCAACCCCAUUCUCCCUGGGUUUAACGCCGACCCGUCCAUCGUGCGGGUGGGCAACGACUACUACAUCGCUACCUCGACAUUCGAGUGGUACCCAGGGGUGCAGAUCCACCACUCCACCGAUCUCGCAAACUGGGACUUGGUCGUCCACCCGUUGACGCGCAAGUCGCAACUUGACAUGCGUGGUGACCCGGAUAGCUGCGGCAUCUGGGCACCGUGUCUCACGCACGAUGGGGACAAGUUCUGGCUUGUCUAUACAGACGUUAAGCGCAAGGACGGGUCCUUCAAAGAUACGCCCAACUAUAUCGUGACGGCACCGGCGAUCGAGGGGCCCUGGUCUGAUCCCGUUUACGUCAACUCGUCGGGCUUCGACCCGUCGCUAUUUCAUGAUAACGACGGGAAGAAGUGGUUCGUAAACAUGCUGCAAGACCAUACGCGCCGGCCGCGGUUCUUCUCGGGCAUUGUACUGCAGGAGUUUGACCCCACGGCCGGGAAGCUCGUUGGGCCGAAGAAAAACAUCUUCAGGGGUACCGAUCUAGAUUUGGUCGAGGGGCCACAUUUGUACAAGCGGAAUGGGUGGUAUUACCUGCUGACGGCGGAGGGAGGAACGGGCUAUGAGCAUGCGUGCACGCUGGCACGGUCCAGGGACAUUUGGGGACCUUAUGAGACACAUCCGCAGAAACACAUCCUGUCAUCCAAAGAUGCGCCAUCUGCCGCGCUGCAGAGAGCUGGACAUGGGGAUUGGGUAGAAGCACUGGACGGAAAGAAUUACUUGGUGCAUCUAACUGGCCGCCCAAUAACAGAGAAACGUCGGUGUGUGCUUGGCCGGGAAACAGCCAUUCAGGAGGCGUACUGGGGUGAUGAUGACUGGCUUUACAUCAAGAAUGGUCCUAUUCCAUCAUUGUAUGUGGAAGUCCCGGGAACGCGAGACGAGAGCAAGUACUGGAGCGAGCAGCGGUAUACAUUCGACAGCAAGGCAUUGCACAAGGAUUUCCAAUGGCUGCGCACACCCGAGACGGAUCGCAUUUUCACUACAGAUGCUGGAAAACUCACACUCUUUGGCCGCGAGGCUAUCGGCUCCUGGUUCGAACAAGCAUUGGUUGCAAGGCGACAAACACAUUUCUCCUAUGAUGCCGAAACGGUGGUUGACUUCAACCCAACGGACGAGCGUCAGUUUGCGGGACUGACGGCAUACUACUGCCGCUACAAUUUCUUCUACCUCACCGUGACAGCGUUUGGAGGACAACGGGAACUGCUCAUUAUGACAUCUGAGGCGUCGUGGCCAGAGGGUAACUUGAACAUGCCGUUUGCCGAGCCUGUGCAGAUACCCAAGGAGGGGAAAGUCAAACUGGCGCUCACAAUCAGGGGUGUGGAGUUGCAGUUCUUUUAUGCCGUGGGUGACGAAGAGUUGAAGAAGAUCGGGCCGGCCUUUGACGCGUCCAUACUUUCCGAUGAAUGUGGUGGUCACCAGGUCCAUGGGAGUUUCACGGGGGCGUUUGUGGGUAUGGCGUGCUCGGAUCUGAAUGGGACGGCACUGCCAGCUGAUUUUGACUAUUUCGUCUAUAGGCCGGUGAAGCAUGAGAGUGAUCGGUAUGAAAUUUGAAGUAGGCCGAUAAAAAUGAGAAAUGGCAUACAUGUCAGAGAAUGAGAGAUAUUAUUCAAUGUC